UCGUCGUCUCACCACAUGAUGACAGCACCGUUAAUGUGUGCACUUUGAAAAUUCACUAACGGCCCUGCUUGCGUUGACGUAGCUUCUGCUGAGAUGCUGUUAAACGCGAAUAAAGUGGGUCGUGGUAUGAAAAUACAAAAGCAACAUUUAGCACAAUAUUUCCCCUCUCGACAGCACUGUGCUGAGCCUUGCAGCAGCAGCAGCAGCACCCAGAAGUGAACAAAGCGACCCGGAAGCGGUGGUCCGACCGGAGGCAGAAAGAACAUCAACCUUUUAUAUUAUAGCUGUACUCGCAAGACAAUAUCUGCAAUCAGGACACAAGGAUGGCAGAGCCUCGGUUUAACAACCCAUACUUCUGGCCGCCGCCUCCGUCCAUGCCAGGCCAGCUGGAUAACCUGGUCCUCAUUAACAAGAUCAAGGAGCAGCUGAUGGCUGAGAAGAUUCGACCCCUGCACCUGCCACCUACCUCCACCCCUUCUCAGCAGCUGCUGGUUCCCACCUCGUCCCCGGACGGUAGCGCUCAGCACGGUAUGCAGGUUCCAAAGCCUCAGCCGCAACAGGUUCCGGGCCACCACCCACAGCCGCAGGGCUCUGGACAGCCGGACAUCGCCCUGCACGCUCGUCCCGCCUCCAGUUCUGGACCGGAUGGAAAUAUGGAUGACAAGUCAGCGGUGAAGGCCAAAGGAUUAUGGGAGGACUGGCAAAUGAGACACCUUAGUGAGCAAACUGGCCGGGUCAACCAUCGCUCAGGUCUGGCCCCCUCAUCUCGACCCGACAGCCACAGCACCUCAGAGGCCCUGACCCCGACGACUCCGACCUCCAGCAGCCAGAACCGCUUGGGUGGCGCCCCUUCUGUGAACAUCAUCUCUGGACUGGCUAGUGGCCCUGGCAUUGACCACAUGAAGGCCGGAGGCCUGGCAGGGCUGUUGGGCCCCCCGCCAAAGGCACCUCGGGGAAGAAAGAAGAUCAAAGCCGAAAACACAUCUGGUCCUCUGCUGGUGGUGCCCUACCCCAUCCUGGCUGAUCAAGGAUGUGUCACCAUUGCACCCAAAGAGGGCAAAACCUACAGAUGCAAAGUCUGCCCACUUACCUUCUUAACCAAGUCAGAGAUGCAGAUUCAUUCCAAGUCCCACACAGAGGCCAAACCGCACAAGUGUCCCCACUGCUCCAAGACGUUCGCCAACGCCUCUUACCUGUCCCAGCACUUGCGCAUUCACCUGGGGAUCAAACCCUACCACUGCUCCUACUGCGAGAACUCGUUCCGUCAGCUGUCACACCUGCAGCAGCAUACCAGAAUCCACACCGGCGAUAGGCCUUAUAAAUGCGCCCACCCUGGAUGCGAAAAGGCUUUUACCCAGCUGUCUAAUCUCCAGUCUCACCAGAGGCAGCACAAUAAAGACAAGCCGUAUAAAUGUCCCAACUGCUACCGUGCCUACUCAGACUCUGCAUCGUUGCAGAUCCACUUGUCAGCGCAUGCCAUCAAAAACGCUAAGGCCUACUGCUGUAGCAUGUGUGGCCGGGCUUACACCUCAGAGACCUAUCUUAUGAAGCACAUGUCCAAACACACGGUGGUGGAGCACCUGGUGAGUCACCAGUCGCCCCAGAGGACAGAGUCCCCCAGCAUCCCCAUACGCAUCUCCCUCAUCUGAGCUCCGCGAGCGUUCAGCAUCAAGAUUCAGAGUCAGCGUUCGGCUGGAGCUUGUGAGGCCCUGCACCCACGGCCAUCUACAUAAGGCUUACAUUAGCAUUAUGACAGCUGACAUGAGCAUUCACUGUUAGAUUUUGUAAGCAGACUUGCCUCCAUCCGUCUCGACACAGGCCGUCUAUCAUAAAGGAGCACAGCGUUAUUUUGUGAAUGUAAAAAUACAGCCAGAUAUUGUCCAGGGGAUCGAGUGGCAAAGAAUGUCUUGCGUCAGAUUUAAUAAGCACUUUCGUAAGCAUCAUGUAAACCGCCGGAUGCAUUGGCCAUUAAAAAAAUGUUUUAGUUGU